AAGCUAACCUCAAGACUUCGCCAUGAGGCUAUGCCUCGUCCUGGUUUUGAUAGCCAGGCUCUUCGCAAACGCGGAAUCUCUUGGCAGAGCUGAUUUCCCCGACGGGUUUGUUUUCGGAACAGCUUCUUCAGCACACCAGUUUGAGGGCGCUGCAAAUGAAGGAAACAAGGGAGUUAGCGUAUGGGACACUUUCGCGAAAGAACCAGGGAGGAUUCUGGACUUCAGCAAUGCAGACACAGCAGUUGAUCAAUAUCACAGAUUUCAGAGUGAUAUAGAGUUGAUGAAGGAUAUGGGAGUGGAUGCAUACAGAUUCUCAAUAUCGUGGCCAAGAAUUUUUCCAAACGGAAGAGGAGAAUCCAACUCAGAAGGAAUAAACUACUACAACAGCCUUAUAGAUGCUUUACUCGAAAAAGGGAUCAAACCUUUUGUAACUCUAUAUCACUGGGAUCUUCCACAAGCGCUUGAAGACAGAUACGAAGGGUGGUUGAGUGCAAACAUAAUAAAAGACUUUGAACAUUAUGCCUUCACCUGCUUCAAAACCUUUGGUGACAGAGUUAAGAAUUGGAUCACCUUCAACGAGCCUCAUGGUAAUGCACUCCAAGGUUAUGACUUGGGCAUACAAGCUCCGGGGAGAUGUUCUAUUCUUGGCCAUUUGUUUUGUAAGAAGGGAAAUUCAUCUGCUGAACCGUACAUUGUUGCUCACAACAUCCUCCUGUCUCAUGCUGCCGCUUAUCAUAGUUACCGGCAAUUUUUCAAGGAGACACAAGGAGGCCAAGUAGGAAUUUCAUUGGAUGCCAAAUGGUAUGAGCCUGUAUCUGAUAAUGAUGAGGACAGAGAUGCAGCACACAGAGCAAUCGAUUUUUCAUUGGGAUGGUUCCUUGAUCCACUAUUUUUUGGCGAAUAUCCACUUUCAAUGAAGAAGCUUGUGGAUAAGAGAUUACCAGAGAUUUCGCAGGAAAUCUCAAAUUUCCUGGUUGGAACCUUGGACUUUGUUGGCCUAAACCACUACACCACAUAUUAUGCUCGAAAUGACAGGACUCGGAUUCGAAAGUUCAUAAUGCAGGAUGCUACAUCUGAUGCUGCAGUCAUUUCAACCCCAUACAAAGGAGGAGUGGCAAUCGGAGAAAGAGCAGCUUCCCGCUGGUUGCGCAUAGUCCCAUGGGGCAUCCGAAAGUUGGCAAGACACCUGAAAGAUAAGUAUGGGAACCCCCCGAUGAUAAUAACAGAAAAUGGUAUGGAUGAUCCAAAUAAACGUUUCAUACCUUUAGAAAAGGCUUUAAACGACGAAAAGAGGAUAACCUUUCACAGGGACUAUCUCUCGAACCUAUCUGCUGCUAUAAGGCAAGACAACUGUGACGUGCGUGGUUAUUUUGUGUGGUCACUGCUCGACAACUGGGAAUGGAACAUGGGAUACACUGUUCGGUUCGGUCUCUACUAUGUGGAUUACAAGAAGAACCUGACAAGGAUUCCUAAAACUUCAGUACAGUGGUUUAGAACACUUCUCCAAGUUAACGAUGACCCGAGACGCCACAUCUAACAAAAUUCUUUUGCUACAAAGCAUAUAAAUAACAAUUUGUACAGAUGCCAUGAAUAUAUCAAAGCAAAAAUCUAUGAAAUUUCAAUGAUGAAAUCCCAAAA